AUGAGGGAAAAUCAACUGCCCGGGCCAGUCUUGAUUCUACUUUUCCUGCUCCUUCCCAGAGAUGCUGCAGAUACCCCAAAACCACAGUAUGUGGUGCUGGUUCCAUCAGAGCUCUAUACUGGGGUCCCUGAGAAGGCCUGUGUCAUACUGAAUCACCUGAAUGAGACGGUGACAGUGAGCAUAACUCUGGAGUUUGGAGUGCAAAACUGGAACCUCCUCAGGAACCAGGUGGCAGAAAAGGACACCUUCUUCUGCAGCUCCUUCAUCCUUCCAGAGUUCCCAACCUCCUUGGCAUAUAUCACUGUGCAGGUGAAGGGGCCAACCCAACAGUUCACAAAGAGGAACCCAAUGCACAUAACAAAAGCAGAGAGCCUAGUCUUUGUUCAGACAGACAAACCCAUCUAUAAACCAGGACAAACAGUGAGAUUCCGCAUUGUCUCUGUGAAUAUCAGUUUGCACCCUUUGAAUGAAAUGUUCCCAUUGGUUUAUAUUGAGAACCCCAAGAAGAACAGAAUUUUCCAAUGGCAAAGUCUCAAACUGCAAGGAGGGCUCAUCCAGCUCUCUCUCCCACUCUCAGUGGAGCCCAUUCUGGGUCCCUACAAGGUCGUCCUGCAGAAGGAGUCAGGGAAAAAAAUAGAGCACUCUUUCGAGGUGAAAGAAUAUGUUUUGCCCAAAUUUGACGUCCAAGUGAAAAUGCCUAAGACAAUUGGUUUCCUAGAUGAAGGAUUUACAGUAUCUGUCUGUGGCCUAUAUACAUAUGGAAAGCCUGUCCCUGGUCUGGUGACAAUUAAUGUAUGCAGAAAAUAUUCACGAUUCGGUUCCACCUGCCUUGGCAAACAUCCACAAAGUAUCUGUGAUGAAUUCAGCCAACAGGCAGACAAUAAAGGCUGUUUCACACAACUCGUAAACACUAAAAUGUUUCAGCUGAGGCAAAGAGGAUAUGACAUGUCAAUACAAGUGGAAGGCAAGAUCAAAGAGGAGGGAACAGAGUUGGAAUUAACUGGGCAUGAAUCAUGUAAAAUCACAAAUAUACUGAGCAAACUGAGUUUAAUAAAAGUGGAUUCACAUUACAGACGUGGGCUCCCUUUCUUUGGGCAGGUUCUUCUGGUUGAUGAGAAGGAUCAUCCAAUCCCCAAUAAAACCAUAAUUGCCAGCGUGAAUGGAGGUAGAUACCAAUACAGCUUUACUACUAAUGAGCAUGGUUUGGCGAAGAUUUCCAUUGAUACCACCAACUUCACAUCUUCUUUCAUUACAGUGCAAGUCACUUUUAAACCAACUAACUACUGUUUUGAUAACUGGUGGCUAGAAGAAUCUCAUAUAGAAGCGCAUCAGACUGCAAGGCAUGUUUUCUCGCCAAGUAAGAGUUAUAUUCACAUUGAACCUGCUGCUGGUACUUUGACCUGUGGACAAACUCAGGAGAUCAGGACACACUAUAUCUUGAAUGCACAGAUCCUGAAGAACCAAAAAGAGUUAAUUUUCUAUUUUUUGAUCAAAGCAAGAGGAAGCAUCUACCACUCAGGAACUAAUGUAUUAUCCAUUGAACAAGGAGAGACAAAAGGGAUAUUUUCCUUCUCGUUUCAAGUGGAAUCAGACAUUGCUCCCAUUGCUCAGUUGCUCGUCUAUACUGUUUUACCCAAUGGAGAAGUUGUUGCAGACGUCGAGAAACUCGAGAUUGAAAACUGUUUUGCCAACAAGGUAAAUUUGAGCUUCUCCUCAGCCCAGAGCUUGCCAGCUUCGGACACUCACCUGAAGCUCACAGCCACGCCCCUCUCCCUCUGUGCCCUCCGUGCAGUGGACCAGAGUGUGCUGCUAAUGAAACCUGAAGCGGAGCUCUCACCUCAGUCAGUCUAUAAUUUGCUACCAGUAAAGGAGAUCCCAAGAGUUAUGUAUGGAGGAGUUAUGAAUGAAGAUGGUGAAAGCUGCGUCAAUGCAGAAGACAUAACUAAGGGUGGAAUCAUUUACACACCAAAGCAGGUCCUGGAUGAAGAUGAUGUCUACAGUAUCCUCAAGUCUGUAGGAUUAAAUAUUUUUACCAACUUAAAAAUCCGUAAGCCACAUUUUUGUCCACUGCCUCAAGCAUAUCCAGUUCGUAUGGGCUAUGGCCAAGGAAUUGCGGCAGCCGGAACAGUACCUGGGUUACCUGCUCCUCCAGGAGUCAGUUAUCCAAUGAUAAUGACAGAAAAUGUACAGACUGUUCAAGUAAAUGAGAUAGUCCGGAGGUAUUUCCCCGAGACUUGGAUCUGGGACUUGGUGAUACUUGAUUUAUCAGGUGAAAGUCAGAUGACGGUGAAAGUCCCGGACACCAUCACGGAAUGGAAGGCCAGUGCAUUCUGCUUGUCCGGAACAAGAGGACUUGGCCUCUCCCCCAUCAUCUCUCUUCAAGUCUUCCAGCCCUUCUUCCUAGAACUCACCCUGCCCUACUCUGUGGUGCGAGGAGAAGCUUUCACACUCAAAGCUACCGUGCUCAACUAUUUGUCCCACUGCAUUUGGGUCAGUGUGCAACUGGAGGAGUCUUCUAACUUCCUGGCCGUCCCAGUAGAAAAGAAUGUGGAGUCUCACUGCAUCUGUGAAAAUGGGAGGAAAACUGUGUAUUGGACUGUGACCCCAAAGUCCCUGGGGAAAGUGAAUUUCACAGCAUCUGCAGAAGCCCUGCAGUCUCAGGAACUGUGCGACGAAGAGAAGCCUAAAAUCCAGACAUUAGGACAGAAAGAUACAGUAGUCAAGCCAUUGUUAGUUGAGCCUGAAGGAAUAGAAAAGGAAGAAACUUUCAACACACUGCUCUGUGCAUCAGAUACUGGAGUUCCUGAAAAGUUGUCUCUAAAAGUUCCUUCAAAUGUGGUUGAAGGAUCUACUAGGGCAACAUACACAGUUUUGGGUGAUAUACUAGGCUCUGCAAUGCAAAACCUUCAGAAUCUUGUCCAGAUGCCCUAUGGUUGUGGAGAACAGAAUAUGGUCCUUUUUGUCCCUAACAUCUAUGUUCUGAACUAUCUUCGUGAGACACGACAGCUAACAGAGAAAAUCAAGUCCAAAGCCAUCAGCCAUCUCAUCAGUGGGUACCAAAGACAGUUGAAUUAUAAGCACAAUGAUGGUUCAUACAGCACCUUUGGGGGUCAUGGUGGUAGAACUCAGGGAAACACAUGGCUCACUGCAUUUGUGCUCAAGUCUUUUGCUCAAGCCCAGUCGUACAUCUUUGUGGAGACUUCACACAUCAUGAAUGCCCUCGCCUGGCUGUCACGGAGGCAAAAGGAAAAUGGUUGUUUCCAACGCUUGGGAUCACUGCUAAACAAUGCUAUUAAGGGUGGAGUAGACGAUGAGGUGACACUCUCUGCCUACAUCACCAUCGCUCUGCUGGAGAUGCCACUGCCCGUCAAUCACUCAGUUGUCCGCAAUGCUCUAUUCUGUCUGGAAACAGCUUGGAGAUCCACCUCAGAGGCACAAGGGAGUUUUGUCUACACAAAGGCUUUAUUGGCCUACGCCUUUGCCCUAGCAGGAAACCAGGCCAUGAGAAGUGAGCUGCUUAAAUCACUAGACAGAGAAGCUAUAAAAGAAGAGGAUUCAAUCCACUGGAAACGUCCUGGGAAACUUCAAGAAGCUAAUGUACUCUAUUAUCAACCCCGGGCUCCUUCUGUUGAAGUGGAGAUGACGUCCUACAUACUCCUUACCUAUCUUACUGUCCAGCCUUCUCCAUCUUCAGCGGACCUGUCUGUGGCAUCACGCAUUGUGAAGUGGAUCACCAAACAACAAAAUCCUCAGGGGGGCUUCUCAUCUACCCAGGAUACAGUGGUAGCUCUCCAAGCUCUCUCCAAAUAUGGAGCAAAAACUUUUACUAAAAGUGAAAAAGCAGCUACAGUCACAGUCAAGUCUUCAGGGGCCUUCUCUAAAGAAUUCCAAGUAGGGGAUGCCAAUCGCCUAUUGCUGCAGGAGGUCCAGCUGCCAGAGAUUCCAGGGGAGUACAACACAACAGUUACAGGAACAGGAUGUGUGUACCUUCAGACAUCCCUGAGAUAUAACAUCCUGCCCAAGAAAGAGCAGAAAGCCCCCUUCACCCUGAAGGUUGAUACUCUCCCCAAGAAUUGUGAUGGAGUAGCUGCACGCAAGAAAUUCCAGAUUCACAUCAACAUUAGUUAUACAGGGGAAAGACCCAGUUCCAACAUGGUCAUUGCUGAUGUGAAGAUGGUAUCAGGCUUCAUACCUGUGAAACCAUCAGUGAAAAAGCUCCAAGAAAGGCCUCAGAUUCAAAGGACUGAAGUGAGCACCAAUCGUGUCCUAAUUUACUUUGAAGAGCUAACCAGUCAAAGCCUGAGUUUCUCCUUCUCAGUGGAACAACACAUCCAAGUAAAGAAUUUAAAACCAGCCAAAGUCAAAGCCUAUGAUUAUUAUGAGACAGAUGAACUCACCAUAGAAGAGUACAAUGCCCCCUGCAGUGCUGGUAAAGUAUAA